AAUAUUUCACACACAUAAACAAAAGCCGCGAUCGGAGAAACACGCGCAAAACUCUAUUUUCUUCGUUAUUUUAGUGUUAUUUCUGAGAUAAAAAGUGUUUAGUAAGCUGUAAAUCAUGGCACACAUACCGGCGGCAACGUUGGGCAACAAAAACAAAAAGCAUUUUCUCGGCGUUCCGGCCCCACUCGGCUACGUUGCCGGUGUUGGUCGAGGUGCUACCGGAUUCACCACCCGUUCGGAUAUUGGUCCAGCCCGUGAUGCGAAUGAUGUGUCCGACGACCGACAUGCACCGCCGGCGGCAAAGCGCAAAAAGAAGGAAGAAGAGGAGGAGGACGACGAAGAUCUGAACGAUUCCAACUACGACGAGUUCAGCGGGUACAGCGGUUCGCUGUUCUCCAAGGAUCCGUACGACAAGGACGAUGCGGAAGCGGACGCCAUCUACGAAAGCAUCGACAAGCGGAUGGACGAAAAGCGCAAAGAGUACCGGGAGAAGCGGCUGAAGGAAGAUCUGGAACGGUACCGGCAGGAGCGGCCGAAAAUUCAGCAACAAUUUUCCGACCUGAAGCGCAACCUGAUUGCCGUGUCGGAGGAGGAGUGGGCCAACCUGCCCGAGGUGGGCGACAGCCGCAACAAGAAGCAGCGCAAUCCGCGGGCGGAAAAGUUCACCCCACUGCCGGACAGUGUGCUGUCGCGCAGCUUGGGCGGUGAGUCGGGGACCGCCAUCGAUGGGCGGUCCGGGCUGGCUUCGAUGAUACCGGGUGUCGCCACGCCGGGCAUGCUGACACCGAGCGGAGAUUUGGAUUUGCGCAAGAUCGGCCAGGCGCGUAAUACGCUCAUGAACGUGAAGCUGUCGCAGGUGUCGGACUCGGUCGCCGGCCAGACGGUGGUCGAUCCGAAGGGCUACCUGACGGACCUGCAGAGCAUGAUACCGACGUACGGCGGCGAUAUCAACGACAUCAAGAAGGCGCGCAUGCUGCUGAAGAGUGUGCGCGAGACGAACCCGUACCAUCCGCCGGCCUGGAUCGCUUCGGCCCGGUUGGAGGAGGUGACCGGCAAGCUGCAGAUGGCACGCAAUCUCAUCAUGCGCGGCUGCGAGCAGAACCCGCAGAGCGAAGACCUGUGGCUGGAGGCGGCCCGUCUGCAGCCGCCGGACACGGCCAAGGGCGUGAUUGCGCAGGCCGCCCGGCGCAUACCGACCUCGGUGCGCAUCUGGAUCAAGGCGGCCGACCUGGAGACGGAACCGAAGGCGAAGCGGCGCGUCUUCCGCAAAGCGCUCGAGCACAUCCCGAACUCGGUGCGGCUGUGGAAGGCGGCGGUCGAGAUGGAGAACCCGGAGGACGCCAAGAUACUGCUGUCCCGCGCGGUGGAGUGCUGCGGCACGAGCGUCGAGCUGUGGCUCGCCCUGGCCCGGCUGGAAACGUACGAAAAUGCGCGCAAGGUACUGAACAAGGCGCGCGAGAAAAUUCCCACCGAUCGGCAGAUCUGGACGACGGCGGCGAAGCUGGAGGAAGCGAACGGCAACAAUCACAUGGUGGAGAAGAUCAUCGACCGUGCGCUGUCGUCGCUGAGCGCGAACGGGGUCGAAAUCAAUCGCGACCAGUGGCUGCAGGAAGCGAUCGAGGCGGAAAAGUCGGGCGCCAUCAAGUGCUGCCAGGCGAUCGUGCGCGCCGUCAUCGCGACCGGCAUCGACGAGGAGGACCGCAAGCAAACGUGGAUCGACGACGCGGAGAACUGCGCCAAGGAGGGUGCGUACGAGUGUGCCCGGGCCGUGUACGGGUACGCGCUGUCCGAGUUCCCGUCGAAGAAGAGCAUCUGGUUGCGGGCGGCGUACUUCGAGAAGAACCACGGUACGCGCGAAAGCCUGGAAACGCUGCUACAGAAAGCCGUGGCGCACUGUCCGCAGUCGGAGGUGCUGUGGCUGAUGGGGGCCAAGUCGAAGUGGCUGGCGGGGGAUGUACCGGCGGCCCGUGGGAUUCUAUCGCUCGCGUUCCAGGCCAACCCGAACUCGGAGGACAUCUGGUUGGCUGCGGUUAAGCUGGAGUCGGAAAAUGCGGAAUACGAACGUGCUCGGCGGCUGCUGGCGAAGGCACGUGCGUCCGCCCCGACACCGCGCGUUAUGAUGAAGUCGGCCAAGCUCGAGUGGGCGCUGAACAAUCUGGACGAAGCGCUAAGCUUGCUGGAGGACGCGGUGAAGGUGUUCCCCGAGUUUGCCAAGCUGUGGAUGAUGAAGGGUCAGAUCGAGGAGCAGAAGCAGCUGCUCGAACGGGCGGCCGAAUCGUACAAUGGGGGGCUGAAACGGUGCCCGAACUCGAUACCGCUGUGGCUGCUGUUGGCUGCGCUGGAGGAAAAGCGCAAUCUGCUCACCAAGGCUCGUUCGGUGCUGGAGCGAGGCCGGUUGAAGAAUCCGAAGAAUGCGCUGCUGUGGCUGGCGGCGAUACGCAUCGAGAUACGGGCGGGCAUGAAGGAUAUGGCAAACACGCUGAUGGCCCGCGCCCUGCAGGACUGUCCGACUGCGGGCGAACUGUGGGCGGAGUCGAUCUUUCUCGAGGCGAGACCGCAAAGGAAAACGAAAUCGGUGGAUGCACUGAAAAAAUGUGAGCACGAUCCGCACGUGCUGCUGGCUGUAUCGAAGCUAUUCUGGAGCGAGCGGAAGCUGCAGAAAUGUCGCGACUGGUUCAACCGGACGAUAAAAAUCGAUCCCGAUUUCGGUGACGCGUGGGCCAAUUUCUACAAGUUCGAGCUGCAGCACGGGACGGAGCAGCAGCAGCAGGAGCUGAUCGAGCGGUGCAACGCGGCCGAACCGAAGCACGGCGAGGAGUGGUGCAAGGUGAGCAAAAACAUUGCCAACUGGUGCUUCAAGACGGAGGACGUGCUGAAGGCGGUGGUGCGCCAUCUCCCCACACCGAUCUAGGGCGCGACGUCCGCUCUCCAGACAGUUUUCUUUCACACUCCCACACACACGUACUGUUUUUAAACUUGGUCUCUUGUGGUCCGGAAAUGGACUGAAUGUAACACGCAAGCCGUAUUACCUAUCCAAUAUUCAAUAGAUGUAUGACAAAAAAAAACAAUCUGUCACUGUAAUACCGAA